AUGAGCGCAACAAGCAACCAACUUCAACAACUUCAAAAAUAUAUUAUUGAGAAGAACAUUAGUAGUUAUGAUUAUAUUCGUUUUAGGAACGUUGAAUUUAUUAAAAGCGAGAGAUUUACAAGAGUGUAUCAUGCUGUUUUUAAAAAUAAAACCAUUGUUAUAUUAAAAUCAUUCGAAAAUAAUGAUCUAAUUAUUAAUGAAAUUAUUAAUGAGAACGUCAACGGUGGAACUUUAAAGUCAUAUUUACAUGAAAAUUCACAACACCUUUCAUGGAAUGAUAUGAUUAAAUUCUCAUUGCAAAUUGCAAGUGCUGUUAGAUAUUUACAUGCUAAAGGAAUAUUUAAUCUUGGAUUGCGUUCGGACGAUAUAUUUAUACAUAAUAAAAAUAUAAAGCUUGCGGAUUAUGGGCUUUCAAAUAGGUUAAAGGGACAAACUAUUAAAUAUCAGCAUCUCAGAUUUUACAAAAAAUCCGAUGUAUACAAUGUUGGCUUCCUUAUGCAAGAGAUUUGCAACAACAUUCUAUUUACUGAAAAUAUUGUCGGUCCUAUAGAAAAAUAUAUUAAGAUUUAUGAAGCCUAA